AUGAUCUGCCAGCGCUGUCUAUUCCGAGCGACCUUCCGCACACGACCGCAACCUUACCUCCGCGAGACCUCCAUCCCGAGCUUCGCACGCGCCCUAACAACUUCACCUAUAAACACCGCAAAAGCCAUCUCACCCGCGCACACCACAACAGCUGCACCACGGCAAGGCGCGCCAGACUCCCAUCAACCUCCCGCAGCAACUUCUACCUCCGCCGCCCAGCCCUUUAGCACACCCCUGACACCCUCGCCCGCUGGGACAGAUGUCGCGGCACGAAACCCAUCCACGCCUGCGACGGUGCGCUCGUCCGUGCUGGCAGGUACACCGCUCAAGGGAUUGAAUUUCUUCAAGAAUAAAACGGAUCCGGUGGCACUAGAGGAUUCGGAGUAUCCGAGCUGGCUGUGGGGGGUCUUAAAGGAGGUGAAAGGGAAAGAAGGGGGAGAAGCUGAGGGGGAUCUCUUCUCGAAAUCUAAGAAGCAGCGCCGCAUAGCUGCGAAGAAACUGCGUAAGCAGGCGCUGUUGGACCCGGGGAGCCUGGCGCCGAAAAUCCCGCUAUAUGAGCAGAGCACAGACCUACCGGCGGGUGACGGGAGUGUUGAUGGUGCCAUGGUGGCGGGGAAGGCGAGAGAGGACUUGACAAGGGCGAUGAGGGUGAAAAGAAGAAGCGCGAUUAAGGAAGACAACUUCUUGAGAGCUAUGCGAUAG